AUGGCAGCCAAUAACUCAGUGAUUGGUGGUGAAUACUCAAUGCACCAGAUUAAUGAUCGGGUCAUUUUAGUUCAGGUUCUGGUGGCAGUUUUCCUUUGCAUCAACCUUUUUCUAAUCACAACUUUUUUUAUGAAAGAAUUAUACACAACCAUGCGCUAUAUCUUAUUUGUUAUAACACUACUGUCUGAUUGCCUGCUUUUAUUCAUAACUGAUAUCCUGCUCAUUUUGAACUAUUUUCAUUUUACCAUUCAAAUAUGGUUGUGUCUUAUUAUAUAUAUUGUUGUUUCUCUGUACACUUUUGUCACACCAGUUACUUUGACAGCAAUGACCCUGGAGCGCUACGUGGCCAUUUGCAUGCCCCUGCGCCAUGGAGAGCUGUGCUCCACAUGCAGUGCUCUGCACUGUAUCCUCAUCAUUCACGUCCUCAGCUCUGUACCCUGUAUUGUUAUUCUCUCCAUCUUCUUUGUAUCUGCGACUCACAGCUUCUAUACCCAGCGCAGAAUAUGCUCUGUGGAAACGUUCAUCUUUUACAAAUGGCAGGGUCAUCUUCGGUCAGCUAUAAGUCAGUUUUACUUCUUGAUCAUGUGUAUAACUAUUGUGUUUUCCUAUCUUAGAAUAAUGAAAGUGGCCAAAGCGGCAUCAGGAGAGAAUAGAAAGUCAACAUGGAAAGGGCUCAGAACGGUAAUUCUUCAUGCUUUCCAGCUGCUGCUCUGUCUCAUACAGCUGUGGUGUCCACUCAUAGAAGCUGCUUUACUUCAGAUUAAUUUCAUGUUAUACAUUAAUGUCAGGUAUUUUAAUUACAUUACUUUUAUUCUUGCUCCAAGAUGUCUGAGUCCUCUCAUUUAUGGCCUAAGGGAUGAAAUCUUUUUUCAUGCACUGAAAUACUAUGUUCUCUGUUGCUUUGUCAAGAACAAUUCUUUUCAUUUGACAAAUUAA